UUCAUUUAGUUUAUUCUCUUAAAUUUAUCUCAAAUUAACAACUAAAAAACAAUAGUCUAGACUAUUGAAAUAAAAAAGAAAGUAUAACAUAAUGGACAAUAAUGACUGUGAGGAUUCAACACAAAUAGAAAUCAACAUCACAAAUACAAACGCGAAUUCUCAAAUAGUUUUAAACGAUCUUCGCCUUCUCGAACUGAUCUACAUGUAUCCAUACCUAUUUAGCAAAGCGGUGGAUCCCCAAGAUGACAAGGACUACGAAGAGUGGGGUUGGGAGGAAAUAGCCAAGGCCUUCAACCAUGGGUACGAAGGCUUACAGCUCAGUACCCCCUUUUCCGUUGAGGAGCUCCGCUGGCGUUGGGACAUCUUGCGUUCCCAUCUGUCCCUUGUUCACAAAACAACAGGACCGAUGCCAAAACAACUGCACACUAUAAUGUGGAAAAUUAGCAAGAUGAUGGACGUCAAGCCGCGAGCGAACGUCAAGGGAGUUACUCCAACGCAAUUGUUUAUUCUCAAUCAGCUGCCGUUCAUUGAACAAUUGUCGCCGACACUGCAAAGGCAGUUAGAGGUAGAGGUACUGGAUGCCAUAUUUAGUGAAGAGCGCGAUGGGCGUUCAGUGUGCAAGUCCUCGGUGAAAAAGAAGCUCAAUUGGUGCAGAGCGAUUACGAUGACAAACUUCAACAACCUGCAUUGCAUGCCAGAUCCAAAGCACCCACAGCCUGAACCAGAACAUACUCAUCCAGAACCACAGUCUGAACCUGAGAACCCACAGCCUGCAUCAGUGCAUUCACAGCCUAAACCAGAGCACUCACAAUCUAAAUCAGAGCCCCCACGGCCUGAACCAGAGCCAGAACCACAGUACACACAGUCUGAGCACCAACAAGCUGAACCAGAGCACCCACAGCCUGAACCAGAGUAUGCGUCUCCAGAACCACCAUAUCUUCUUAAAGUAGAGCAGCAGAAGCUACAGAGUCAGUCAGAAGUAGCACCCGUUCAAAAAGAUGAUCUUCAGCUGCGCUAUGUGCCGCUCAAGAGCGCCAAGCACUAUGUAAAGCGGGUUGAAGUGAGACUGAAGCGGUUGGAUCUGAAAGACCAUUUGCCUAUGUCGAAUGUGAGGCGGGAAAGCAAAAGGCGCUUUUAG